AUGUGUUUGGUUUUUCCGCCGCAUCAUGCGUUGCCUGCCGUCCACAGAGUAAGGUGUGCAACUUUCUUGCAACCAACAUGGGCCUGCGGGCAUCAUCCUAAAUGCUAUUUGCGCGUGACCUGUAUACUGUACCGCCCCGGAAACUCCCGUCCCGUAUUCCCCCCCCCCCCCCACCUUGCCUUAUCCACUGUGUACCCAAGCCUACUGUACCGUUACCGUACAUGA